UAUAAAAGAUCUCAAGCCUGCCGUUUGUGCUGUACAAGGUCAUUGUCUUGGCAACAAAGGUUUGAAAGGUGUACUUCCAAGUUUCUUGAGAGAAAUCAGUCUCUAACACGCAAAGAACUUGAAUCAUGGGAAUUUCUCGACUUCCCCUGCUUUCAUUUGAUUCGAAUGGUGUACAAGGCAAUCAGGAAAUGUCCAAGUCUAAUUGUUCCCUGUGGAACAAACUUUUGGAAGCGCAGGCCAAGCGAAGGUUGAAAGUUCAGAAGCAGAGAAUCACUAAGAAAAAGGCAAAGCUUGUUAAGUGCAAAAGGCCCAGAAGUAUUUUGAUGAAGAGGAGGGCACGUACAGGAGGUUCUAGAAGGGCCGUAAAUCCUAUUGCAAGGAAGUUAAAAACCCUGAAGAAGUUAGUUCCGAACAACGAGUCGAUUGGCUUGGAUGGGCUUUUCAGCGAGACAGCUGAAUAUAUAUUGUCUUUGCAAAUGAGGGUCAAAGUGAUGCAGAUUGUGGUGAAAGUUUUGACAGGUUCUAAUGAGUGAAUAGAUGAUAUUCAUUUGUAAAGGCUGAUACCAUGUUCUUAUUUUCUCGUGUUUUAUGUUGUUUCUUCGUCAUAGGAGUCUGUUUUAUUAUAAA